UGACAUAGAGGAGUGGUGGAAGGCAGUAUGGAUUCUGUAGUCAGAUCUGAGUUCAAAACGUGAAUUUCUGAAAAAGAAGACAGGAUUUGGAGUCCAAGUUGAGGGUUUUAACCUCUAUGCCACUGUUCAGCAUCUUAGACUAAUUAUUGGACCUCUUCUGCAUCUGUAAAAUGAGUAGCAUACACGUUUCCUUGAAGAAUUGUUGCGAAGAUGAGGUACGUUGUAUGCAAAGUACCCAGCACAUAGUUGGUGUUCAGUAAAUGGUUGUUAUUAGCCUUAUUAGGCCUGCUGCCUCAAAUUACCCAAUUAUUACUAGAAUAAUAUCCCCUUAAUUUGUGUCUGCCCCACCAGUCCCUCACUUCUCUUUCUCCUAUUUCUCCCAAGUAUUGUUAACCUAAUAAUCUAACAUAAGUAUGUUUCUCCCUUUGUUUAUUAAACUAGCUGACAGUAGAAUUCCCACAUACUGCUAUGCAGAUAACUAUUACCAUAUAAAGUACUCAUAGUUGGAAGCUAAUUUCCACCGCUCAAUAAAACCAAUUUUAAUGUAGCUUAUGUAGCAUGCUGCUGUAGAAAGCUUUGAAGUAGUAAUUAUAAAAUAUUUUUAAGAAUCCAAAAUGAAACUCUCCUGCUGCUUGCAUCAUUCUGAUUUUCUUAUUGCUGCCAUCAUUCUGAGUGAAGUCUGGGAAGGGUUCUUUAAAUAGAAGACAGGGAAAUGAAAGACUAAAAUUGUGUAUUCAAAUUCAGUCUGGAACUGAACUUGUUAUUGUUUCUUAUAUCCUUUUUAUGUCAAAGCAGGCACAUAUAAGUGAAUAGUACAAUGCUAUUAUUAUUAUUUUCUUAAAAAGUGACUAUCACACAUAUACUAUUGAUGUGUACAAUUUUUACUGAGAAGUCAAAGUAGAAUUAAACUUAUUUUUGCCAUUUGUUUUGAACAAAGGUACUACUUUUCAGCUUAAAUGCUCUAUUUAUGUAUAUAAGAUAUCCUCUAUAGGUUUUUUUGUGUUAUUAUAAUAGCUUGCUAAUGCAUCAUUCAGCUAAUAUUCCUAUACCCUUUUAAUAAUGUCUAAAAAUUUGUACUGGAGAUAAACCUGGUAAAGUUACGGUCCUCACGUUAUAAUUACAUUUUCAAAGUGAGAGUGGAGCACAUGGUGUUCACCCAUCAGGAGAUUUGUUCUUUCAGAUAGUCAAUAUCUAGUUUAAGAAACUAAUUACAGUUUUAUUCAUUAACUUAGGAAAGUAUCUUAGAAAAUACAUUUUAGCAUCUUAUAAAUUUAAUCCUGUCAAGAGUAAGAUCUAUGCCCUGGGCAUAAGCACUUUACAAUUCAUUGUUCAUGUCCAGGAACUGGGAACCUAGAUAUGAAAAUUCUCAAGAAUAACUUGGGGAAGAUCUUUGAAGGCAUUGAGUCAGAACUUACACAGUUCACUAACAAUCCCUCCUCAACAGUUAGGAUCUGUAGUGUUUAAAAUGCCUUGUUUACCCCCUAGUUUGCCUCCUAGCUUAAUUCAAGAGAAUUAAGAAGGUUGUAUCAAUUAAAAACAAAGACCCAGAAAUGUCAUACCUUAUGAUAUUCCAAGAGAUUUUUUUUCAGCUUGAUACUGUUUCUCUUGGGCAUGCUGGGGUACUGAAAGGGCUGUUUCAGGGAAACCAGACAUGGAUUUAAAGCUCCAACAAAGUAGAGAUAACUUGCAGCACUCACAUUCUUGCUGUGUCUAUCUAAACAUGUGUUUUGUGUCUAUUUUUAUGACAUAUGAAAAUGUCUACUCUUGAGGUUAUGUCAGCAUACUCACCUGUACCUAACACUUGAUGAAAUGGCAUCGGUAUAAAUUUAAAUUUUGGAACCCUAAGCAUAAUGCAAAUGUUCUGGAAUUUGAUAAUGGUGACAGUUGUACAACUUUGAGAAUGUAGAAAAACCACUGAAUUGUACAUUUUAGAAAGAUGAAUUUUUGAUAAUGUGAAUUAUGUCCUCCCCGCCAAAAAAGACCUGCCAAGCUAAAUGUCCCAAGAGAAUUAACAUCUGCCUGCCAUGUUUUUUUCAUAAACCUCAGUCAUACCAGAGGUACCUGUGCAGGAACCAUGCUUAAAGGAGGGAGGUCUCCUGUCAGAGUUAAUCGAUGACUGUAGAUCCUGUAUGUCCUCAUAUUUAUAAGGGAAAGGCCAGCCAACAAAAGUGGGUGAUGAAUUCAUCCUUAUGUGUAUGUGUGUAUGUUUAUAUACAUAUAUGUAUGCACAUAGACAAAACCUAUAAAUAGGUAAUGCAUACAUAUGCACAGUGCCUGUGCUACCUGGUCUUGGAAUAAGUUUGUAUUUGAAACUCAGUGAGCUCUGUAAUGACUGCUUACAGCCUCUGGUUACUCUUUCUGUUUUAUCUUCAUGACUAGAUUCCAAGAUACAGAAAGGAAACUUUAUUGGAAGAAGAAUGUACAGUAUUUAUUAUAAGCCUCUUUUAUUAUCCUUCUUAAGUUUGACCUGGCCGGAUUUGUGUAGUGAUUUUUAUUUGCUCUGAUGUUUUGGUUUGCAUAUUUAUAAAUUUCAGAUUAAGCGAAAUACAAGGUAAAGAGUUGUCUGUAGAAAUACAUCAUGUAUACUUUCAUCUGGGGAUUUAUACAAUCCCCAGAAAACAAACAUUCAUGGAUAUGUACAGCUGUUUUAGUCAUUUUAAAAAUUAGUAGCCAAGCACCUAAUAGGUGGUUAUCAAGUUCAGAAGUUUAAAUAUUGUUUUUUAUUUUAAGAUGAUGAACUGUUUUCAUUUGAGGGAAGUUAGUUUUCUAAUGAUGUAAUCAUUAAUGGCAAUUUUAGAGAACUACAGCCUUCAUCUGUCUUUAGAAGAUGAUAUGCUUUUCUUGUUUAAUUAAAGAAAGAACUACUUGUACAAAUGUGAGUUAAGCCUUCAAAAAGCACAGCUAAUUAAUUAAAUUCAGUGAAUUUCCCAAAGUGUAAUGAAGGUUAUAUUAUUACCUAUUCUGGUUGGGCAAAUCCUAGAAAGAAUCAGGAAUGUUUAAAACCCUCUUGGGUUUUGGGAGACAGUAUUAUAAAUACAUAGUUUCUAAUUGAAGGAUCUUAUCUAUAUUCAGUAUAAUUAAAUUUAGAAUGUUUAACUUCUUUCUUGAGGUUAGACAUAAUACUUUUUUUUUCUUUUUUAACUAAAAUGUAAUUCAAACAGAAAGAAAAUGACUCCUGUAAUUUCACAGAAGGUUUUACUUGCCCAUACUAAUUUUUGUAGAGCAGUUGUCCCUGCAUGUAAUUUAAAAUUAAGCUGUUUAAUUAUAAAUAGUACAAACAAGGUUUUCUAAAUAAAGCUUAAUUUGUAUUUGUAUUAUUUGCUAUCCUUACAUAUCUAAGGAAAUAAUUUACAACAGUGAUCAUAUUUUGUUUUUAAAUUAUGCUAAAGUUUAAAUUAUACUAAUCAUAUCUGGAAAAAAAUGAUCCUCACCCCUGCCCCAUUUUGUUUUGUUUUGUUUUCGUAUUGGACCCUUCCUUACUCAUAGAAGUUAAGAGAAGUGAAUCCGUCUUUGAAAAAUGUUUUUCAUCCAAUGAAAAUAAACAUAUUUUAUUAUUUUUCACAUCACAGAGAUGUUACUGGCUUUUGGAAAUAUUUGUUAUGAAAUCACAUGCUUUUAAUGAAUAGUGAUAAUCAAGAGGAUGGUUUCUAUCUAUCUGUGACAACUUAACUAUAAACCUCAGAUGGCUGCCGCUCUUUUUCUUUUUGCUCUUGGCUAACUCAUGUACUCACUGCUGUAGGAUGGUGGAGAAGGCAAACCUAGGCUCUCUUGAUGCUUCUGGAGCCACUUAGCUAAGAAGGAGCAGGUGGUUUCUGAUGAUGCUUGUCUGCUGAUUGAGUUAUACUUAACACUCAGGGGAGAUACAAAGGUUAUGCAUAUUAAGAAUUUCUCAGUAUGUUUAUCAAUGGUCUUUAGAAUUAAUGCUCCAAAAUUUUUCUUCAAUUUUUAGUACGUCUUGUUUCCUGUUAGAGGAGGAUGACUGGAAAAUUACAUCACACUCCUGUUUCUACAUCAUCUGUAACCCAUUUGCUUUUUAAAAAUUUGAUGUAUACGCUAGAGUAGUAGAGAGAUUUAUAAACCAUAUGGCCCGUGGGCCAAAUAUGGCCCACUGCCUGUUUUUGUAAAUAAAGUUUUAUUGGAACACAGCCACAUGCUUAUUAUCUAUCACUGUUUUUACACAACAAUGGCAGAGUUGAGUAGCUGCAACAAAGACCAUAUGGCCUACAAAGCCUGAAAUAUUUACUGUCUGGGCGUUUACAUUAAAAGUUUGCUGACCCCUGUGCUAGAGUAUAAUCUAAGAUGGUUCUUAAAUGCUAAAAGAAAUUCAGUCUGGUUUGCCAACUGCCAGUUAGUUACUACUGACAAGAUUUUCUCUUUAGUUUGACAUUUAAAAUUGUUUAAAUUUCCACCAGAAAGAUAAAACUGGCUGUGUUGGGUGAAGGAAGAGGAUGAAAUGAUUUCAGAUAUCCAGAUUUGCUUUCUCAAAUCUCAUCUACAAUGUAGACAUUUAAACAUUUUUGUCUGUAGGCAUUUGUCUUUAAAUGUCAAAAAAACUGAUGAAAUUUGAAUAUGAUGACUAUCAAGGCUUUUGAAAGAGGCACCCAGAAGAAGAAAGGUGAGAGUUGAGUGUGUUGUUGCUAAUAAAAUUGCCCUGAGUCUUUUAGGAAAACAUUUUCUCUGGACCCUGGAAUGUCUUUAAAAGCAUGUGCCAAGAAUUCAUUAUAGCAGCAGACAGCAAGCACACCCAAAAUACUGAGCUAGAGUUUAUAAAGCCGCCUCCUUCUCCAUCAUUUUUUCCUUUAAGGCUGAGUUUAUUUUCUUCUGAUUGCCAGCUUCACAUUUCUCUGGUUUCUCAUCUUGGAAAAAAUCACUUUCACCAUUCAUUAUACUGCUUCACCCAAACUCCAAUCCCCAGACACGAAGGAGACCUGGGACCUUCGUUUUUCUUUCUCAUUUCCCUGACCAACAAUAUAAUUCCAUUGCCUGAAGAUGAAAUAUUUUGCAAGGUUGCUGGCUUUGUCAUGCCUGAAGAUGAAAUAUUUUGCAAGCUUUCUGGCUUUAUCAUUGAAGGAAGUUCCUUCCGCCCAGUUCUUAACAACACAGUGUAAACAACUCACACCCUAGUUGCAAAUAGUUCCACAGACAGCGUUUGCAUCAGUCGUGCGGACUGCAAAUAGCAGUGUGGAGAGGGAGGAGCUUAGUGUAUCACUCUUCGCUCCCAUUGGCUGCCUCAAGUAUAAUUUCUUCCAUCAAACGUUAGCUGUCCUGGAGAGAGCAUAGAGUAAAUGACACUCUAAGGAAAAACAACAGAGCAAAAUAGCAUUACCAAGUGUCUGUUUUUUGUUAUCACCAUUUCCUAAUUGUAUUAGUAGGUGUGCAAUUUCAUUGGAUAUUCUUUUUUUUUUUUUUCAAUUGUCUUUGUACCUAUGAUUGAAAACGAUAGUUGGUCUGUGACUUUUGAGGAGAGGGAGAACCGGAGAUUACAGGAGGCCAGCAUGAGGCUGGAACAGGAGAAUGACGACCUUGCUCACGAACUAGUAACCAGCAAGAUUGCUCUGCGGAAUGAUUUGGAUCAGGCAGAAGACAAGGCAGAUGUGCUGAAUAAGGAGCUUCUCUUGACCAAACAGAGGCUGGUGGAGACCGAAGAAGAGAAGAGGAAGCAGGAGGAAGAGACGGCUCAGCUAAAAGAAGUCUUCAGGAAACAGCUAGAGAAGGCGGAAUAUGAAAUCAAGAAGACUACAGCUAUCAUUGCCGAGUAUAAACAGAUCUGUUCCCAGUUGAGUACCCGACUGGAGAAACAGCAAGCAGCCAGCAAGGAGGAGCUGGAAGUGGUAAAGGGUAAAAUGAUGGCAUGUAAACACUGCAGUGACAUUUUCAGCAAGGAGGGUGCUUUGAAAGUAGCGGCCAUAAGCAGAGAGGACCAGGGGAUGGAAUCGGAUGACGAGAAGGACUCUCUUAAGAAGCAGCUGAGGGAGAUGGAGCUGGAAUUGGCACAGACCAAACUGCAGCUGGUGGAGGCCAAGUGUAAAAUCCAGGAACUUGAACAUCAGAGAGGAGCCCUUAUGAAUGAAAUCCAAGCUGCAAAAAACUCUUGGUUUAGCAAAACCCUGAACUCUAUCAAAACGGCCACGGGCACGCAGCCGCUGCAGCCGCCACAGGCCACCCAGCCCCCCAAGGAGAGCACAUAGUUCCAGCCUCACCCAAGCACAGGAGCACAACGAUCAAAGCGACGGAAACCCAGGAAGAGUCCUGGUGUCCCUUUGAAAGGAAGGGAAGGAGGCCAGAAAGCAAGCCAGGAUCUUUCAGUAGCUCUCAAUCUUUCUCGAAUGACACUUUUCAAAGGGGUGUUACUUAAAUUAACCUGAUUUAUGUUGAAUACCUGUGUUUGUGCUUCAUGGAAGGCCAUGUUCCGAUCCAUCAUAGUAUUAUUACACAUUAUUUUAUAUGCCUGAUGUCUGGUUGGAAAUAAGUAAUUCAGAGCUAAAUGCUUUUUAUUUAGAACUAAUUAUUCAUAAUUAUUUUUAUCUUACAUGAAAAUGGAGAUGUCUUUUAUUCCAAGGUUGAAUUGAUAGGAAGAUAUUUGUCACAGCAAAAAAAAAAAAGAUUGAAACCAAAACCUCGUAACUUUUCAGGACUUAUUCAGAUAAAGCACACUGUGGGGCCAGCCAUGACCGUCAGGUUUCCUCUUGAAAGUGAUUCCCUGGACAGCGAUAAACCUAUCCGAAGGAAAGAACAGGUCUGGGGUCGGACAGUUCCCAAAGAGAAUUAGUUAAUUUCCAGAUGUACCCCACAGAAAAUAAAAAUAAAGUGCCAAGAACCAUGGAAUAAGAUAGGCUAUUGAGAACACACACUAGAUAAAAAAGAACUGAGGUUUUUAUAAAUGCAGGAUAAAAUAAAUCACUUUGGUCCUGGUCUCCUAACAGGUCCUUUUCAGAAUUCCACAGGAGAAUCACAAGUUCCUAAGUAAGAAUACAGUUGUGCCUUCUGGCAAAUGUGAAGUCAGAAGUGGAUAUUACAAGUUUCAUCUUUAGGAGACCUUUACCAGAGAAGCCUGAAAAGGCCCAGGAACAGUUACUGUGCUUAGAAUGGAAUGUAGAACCAGGGACAGAGUAUUUGUUUAAUGUUGACAUAUACUUUGUGAAGGAAACACUAAUAUACUCUAACUUUGUUAAAGUUAUGAAAUGGGAAAUAGAGGUCAGCUUCAUAUCACCUUAAUUUAAUAUUAGGCCCCUUUUUCUGAGUUCUGUAGCUUCCUAAGAAUGUGCCCUUGGUACCCCUAGAUGAAGAGAUGCAAAUGCAUUUGUAACAUUUUCAAUUGCAUAUAAAACCUUUAUAGAUAUACUUAUCUCAUGGAAAGGCAAAGCUAUUGUGUAAAAGUUGAUGGAAAUAUUUUUUUCAAUUAUAUUUAACAUGUCUUUAUAAAUAGUCUUUGCAGGAAAUCCUUUGGUAAGGGAGAAACAAAUUUUCCCAUUUUUUAAGCUGUUUUGGAGGCCUUCGGUCCUUUUACGUCAACCAAACUACUGUCGUCUGUGUACAGUAACAUUUAUUGAUGCUCAUCCUUGGCUUCACUGUUGAACAUAUUCUUUGCAGAGGAUCUUAAACCCUGUAGUGGCAGAGUGACUCUCAUCUGUGCCAUAUGUUGCAGUUAAAAGUAACACACUCUUGGAAGUAAAAAUCAUGUUAAGAGCCAUCUCAAGUCCAGGAGCAUGCACUACAAGUUACUCAUGGUGGAUCCUCUCCUCUAAAAUAAUCAUUAAACUCUAAAAAGUGAAGUUCCCCUCAUCGGUAAGUGUUUGUAUCAUCUAUAGCCCAUAAAAUUGAUGUGGUGGUUUGUUAUCCUUCAUUACACUCAUCAAAUAAUACUUUUCUUACAGAAUUCCUUUUUUUUUUUUUUCCGUCCUGACAUCUUUCAUCAUAGUUUUCAUUUCCUUUCACCCCAAAGGAAAAUAACUCAGCAUUCUGAGUAUGUGUUGACUUUAACAUUCCCUAUGUGGUGGUUUAGAAAAGUUAAUAUUUUUUUUUUGUAAAAUAUAAUGGCUAGAAAAUUGCAUCUUGGUACUUGUUUUUGUAAAUCAUUUAGUAAAAUUUGUUAGCUUUUCUGGUACUUUAUGCUUUGAUCCCAAGAAGCCUUGUACAAGUUGCCUUAUCAGAUGGCUAGCUAAAUUAAGGAUGUUCUUUUGUGUUUUGUGAAUCUCGUAAUUCUACUGUACAGAGCUCUUUUUACAUUGCACAGAAUGCCUCAGUUGCAUACUUUUCCUUAAAAGGGUAGUUGAGAGAGAACUAGCUGUAGGUUCAGUUCUUACCUGUAGACCUGGCUCAGUUUUUUAGCCCCUAACAUUUGCUUCUUUAAACAAAAUCACCAGGUACAAACAUUGUAAACAUUUAAUCUGUUGCAUUUUAACUCUUUUAACAGAUUAUAAUGGCCAUCUAUAGAUUUUUUUUUUUCCUCCUCCAGUUCCACAUCAUACUUGGAUAUGUGUAUUAGUAUCAUAGUCUAAACUGUCCCUCACUACAAUGCCUGUGGGUGAGUAGCAAUAGCAAAUACAGAAAGAAAGAAAAUUCAAAAGUUGGUAUAUGAUAUUAUUCAUACAAUGUUACAAUAGCACUAUCCCAGACCACAUGCCUUUCAACAUAUAUUGUUUCAUGCAUUCCAGCAUUAAGUAUCUGCUAGUUUUAUCUUGAAGUAUAUUUGAGAAUUCAUACUCUUCUUUUGAUUUUAGAAAGAGGUUGACCAGCUCAAAUAUCCAGGAAAAUUUCAAAUAUUUCAGAAUGUUUUUCAUCUUGUAUAACAUUCCUCCAAAAAUCCAACACUUGCAGCAUUCUGAAAAGUGAAGAGUUCUCCUUUCAUUAAAUUCUUCAAUAUAAGAGAAUGAAGUUCAAUUUGAUAAUUCAGUCAUUAGCUUUUAUAUCUUGAGAAUCUUAACACAUUCCUUAGAGCUGAAAGAAACGAAGUUGAAUUUUUCACUGCAUAUGUUUUCUAGCUUCCCACAUCCUGAGCCAUGGCACAAUUUGGUUAUAUUUAGUUUCAUAUAAUUUAAUGCAAAGAAAUUCUCAGUUACCUAAUGUUCUGUAUAUGAGUGCCUAUCAGAAACACUAAUAGGAAUGUCACAUAGGCCUAUGGCCUACCUUUCCAUGCAACCAAUAAUUCUCCAUCCCUCUCCCAACUAUUUAGUUGGUGGUUUGUUCUUCAUUGGCUUUCUUAAAAUUUCCAUAAUAAAGUAGAAAUGCAAUCUUUGUACUGAUGUUGGGAUGUUUAAUAGUAUUUAUCUGGUUUCAUUGUUUUUGAAACUUGCGUCCUCUUAUACUAUGUAUUAACAUUUAUGUUUCUCAAACCCUUACUCCAUUUUCCUAAAAUACUUUGCAGUUGAUAACUAGUAGCUUCAUUUCCUAGCUGAAGUGAGAGAAACAAGAAAAUACACAAUUUAAGGCACAAGAGAUGAGAGAUCCUUAAAGGAAUGGAUUCAUUUCUGAGGAUAAGAAUCACACUUGUAACUAAUGUAAGGGAUUGAGUUUUCUUUUACUUUAGUUGAGAUCAGUCUACUAAUUAUUCUGGUAAGGUGGUUGUCCAAUUUCAUGAUUGUAUUAGGGAAAAAGAAGCUUUUAAAAAGUGAAUAUUUUCUCUCUCUGGCACAGAACACUUUUACUUAGUAAGAUAAUUCUGUUGUAUAACUUACUCUUAAAAAAAAAUUCUUCUUCUCUUGCUUCAAGUAUAGGUAAACGAGAGCAUGAACAAACUAUUGUUUGAUUUGAAUGCUGUGAGAUUUGUGUGUGUGUGAUUGGUGAUUGGUAUAAUUUUAUACGGCUUAUCCCUGCCUCUUUGGUAUACCCUGGUACCAUUCAACUGAAUAUGCACAUGGUGAUCGGAUACAGAAGGCCACACCCAGCUCGGCGGCCUGUGUUUCCUACUACCAGAUAAAAAACUCUUGCCCUCUAGUUGCCAUGCUGAUGGUCACAUUGAACUGGAACUGCUCCAGAACAUCUUCCUGUCUCAUAGUGGCUUCCAUGUAACACAGCAGAGCCCUUAGGGAUUGUCUUAUCUUUCAAGAGCUACCAAAAUGAAAACUUGCAUGUGGGCUGCACCUCGAUAGGAAAUGAUCAUCUUGAGUUGUAAGGAGAAAAGUGGAUGUUUAUGAGUAGCUUAGUGACUAGUCAGCUGUCAGACAUUCCUGUCUUAGCUCCCAUCUAAAAGACUACAUGUCAAGCUUAGCUACAAGUGUGUUUGCUCCCUGCUAUAAAAACAUCUUCAUCAACGUGUCCCACUCUCCCUGCCUCCACCCCUGGUUUUUCAUUAGUGGUAUUCUGGAAACUUUUUAAAAAAAGAAUCAUUGAGUAGAAAAUGAAUAUUUUAAGUUACUUUCCUUUUUCAUUGGCAAUAAAUUAACAUGUAAAAUCUUUUCUGUUGAAAUGUAACUUUUAAUAACUAUAUAUUAUAUAUGGAAUAAAAUAUAGGAAACUGAAUGACAAGGACAUAAAUUCAUCAAGACUCUGGUGUCAUGAAAGCACAAGAAUAAAGCCUGGAAUUGGUCCCAGAAUCCAAGAUCGUAAUAGCCUUUGCAUCAGUUUCUCUAUUUUUGGUAUUCUGCAUAAUGUAUGGAUCCUUAAUUCAAAUAAGAAAGAAAGUUUCUCAGUCAGCCUCACUUCAUUUCUUUCAACUCCUACCUUUCCCUUGCUGAGGAGGUAGUAGAAAUUCUAUGCCGUCUGUUUUUACGAAUUCUAUGAUUUUGCCCAUGGCUUCUCCAAUGAAAACAGGUUCCAGAAUAAAGGAGUUGAUUAGCUCAAACAGUGCUAAUUGACUACGAAAGAAAUUAGUGAGCAGCCUCUCUCCUCUAUCAACUGACCAAUUAGAUGUUUCCAUUAUUCCAUGUAUUAUGUAUAGUACACUCUAUAAAUGUAAAUGUAAUGCUUGUUAAGAAAAGUGCAAUUUAUUGUACAUUGUCCCAACAAAUGUUUACUUUUAUAAUUGUUAUGAACUUGAAUUGGAUUAAUAUCUUGUUUUCAUGUGUGAAUGAAGCCUUGUGAAAUAAACAAAUGCAACCGAGAAGGUAGCAAGGUGACUGUUUUUGUGAGCCAGUGAUGUUCUCAAUGCUUUGUGUUGCCCCUUUGGCCCCAUUAAGCAGUAAUAAACAUUUGUUCUAAAAUCCA